AUGAAUCCUGAUCCAACAUCGAAUGGGCCAUCCUCGCCGGCCGGCAUUCGCAGCCCCGCGCAGGCACAGGCCUUUUCUAGCCUCAGUCGUCUAUUUAGCCACUCCAGCGUCUUUGAGAGUCUGGGGCGAGGAAGCCGCCAAGGUGGAAGGUUCAGCGUAAUUGAGGAAUUUGCGGCUUUUUCCGACCCUAUCAUCGUCCUUAGUAACUUGAUGGUGACACUAAAAGAUAGUAAUAUCCCUGGUCCCCAGCUCAUACGGCUGCAGACAGAGUUCAAUCUUGAGCUGGGAUGUGGUGCUCAAUCAGAAGUAUUUGGAUUCGAUGAAUCCGUCCUUGAUGAGCAUGGUCUCAAGCUUCAGGACCUUUCCGACUCGAUGAGAAAGAACAUUACCGAAGUUGCCAUCAAACGCUUCCGAGUCCAUGGAGCAAAGCGACGGCAACCGAGAUCCGGCACAUCGAUAAGCUCGGAGGAGUUUGUGUUUCUCUGCAAAGCCGCACAUCAAGAGAUCGAUGUACUUUGCAAAAGCGCUUUUCGCAAGCACCCAAAUAUCGUCCGUCUAAUCUCAUGGGGACUAUGUCUGGACACAAUGGAGGAGAAUGACGAGGAAACACCUCGAAUCCCCUUGCUUAUCCUUGAGAAGGCUCGAUGCUCGCUCACGCAGCUGCUGGCAAGUACGAUAACAUACAAGGCUGAUCUCGGCUUUCAAGACAUCUGUGGACUCCUGCUUGAUACGGGACAUGGGUUGGAGGCCAUCCACCAGGAAGGGAUUGCGCAUGGGGACUUGAAACCUGAUAACAUUUUGAUUUUCGAGUCAGCGGGUCGCUGGUGUGCCAAACUAUGUGAUUUUGGCCUAUCCGCGACAGAAAACUCUGGACACACGUCGUCAAGCGUUGAAUAUCGAGGGACGCCCGGAUGGCGCCCACCGGAAUAUUAUCGCCAGGGCCUGAGAUCUUUUUGUUUUCAAGACCAUCAGCGGUGUGAUAUUUUUGUUUUUGGCUUGGUAGUUUGGAGCACGUUUCAGUAUGGUGGACGCCAUCCGCUUCCACGCGAGGGUGAACCGAGCUGGAAUAUUUCAAUAUUGGCCGCACAGCAGCUGGCAAAGCAGGUGGCCAUUCCGGCUAGUGAGAAGAGCCGAAUAAUUCUGACCGUGCAGGGAGCCCUCAUCGAUGACCCAGAAGCUCGUCAACGGCAUCCCUGGAAAUACCUGGACGAUAAAACUUACAGGCAUGUGGGACGACGGGUCAAAUUCUGGAGGAACUCAACCAUAAUUACCCGUCCUUUCCGAUAUGCAAUUCGCAGGACGUUCGGUGGCGCGGUGGAAUUGCCCGAUGAAGGGCUCGAGGGGUCCGAUGAAACGUUUCCGGCAGCUCCAGAAGAUGAAGCGCCAUCGCGGAGCAUCUGCUGUCUGCCUUGCGUGGGCCGACGACGCUCCGCCCGUCCCUCUUCUUCAAGGCUACCACCAAUAGCAUUUCCCGAGCGGAACUCUCUGUACCUCAAAGAGUUUGAGGAAUUUUUCCGGCCAUUGGAUGUUGAAAGACGUCCGUACGCACUGUUCACUAUUCGCCAUGGGUAUCGGCCCUGUAUCAACAUCAAGCAUCUGCAGAAAAUGUACGACGGUCUGCUCGAAUCCAUCCGUUCAGGAGAUGAGCUUCGAGUGUAUGCCUUAGCGCGAGUUCGAAGCCGCAUUCCAGCAUGCUGCUGGAAGCAACUGAAGAGCGGCCGCCCGGCCCAUGUCAUCGAGCGGUACAUCAAAGACACCCACGACUUUUCGACCCUGGCGUGGUUGUGUCAUGGAGAAAUCGGGGCCAGUGAACUUCGUCUGGAGGCGCACAUGAAAGGGGUAUUUGCAUGCAUUUUGGAGCGACCUAGGAACUUCAGCUAUUUCGCCAUUCGGCGUGAGCAACAACUAAGUGUACAGGGCCGUUCAAGACACUUCAUGCUCUUGCUUGAGCAUGGCGCACGGAUUGAAGCCGUUAUCAACUCCGAGGGUGACAGUGUCUUUCUGCAGUUUCUUCGUUUAUCGAAUGAGUUUUCUCGCAACGGCUAUGGAGAUCUUUCCAUUCCAGAUAUCUGUGUCAGCUUCAGGCGCAUAGCGCGCAAGACAUCCAUUGCGCCUAACACACGAUUCUAUAUGACGGGAGAGUUGCCGGAGCUGGAGGAGAAUACAAAAGGAUGUUCAAACACUGCACUCCAUGACAGUGUUGUCGCUGAGAACUAUAUGGCAGUGGAAGCCUUGGUUCGCUCAGGAUUCUUCGUCGAUGCUCGAAACAAGGAUAAUAAGACCGCUUUAUAUCUUGCCCUCAGUCAGCGUGAGGAGCAACAGCGGUCUGCUGGAAAGCAAAAGUACAAGCACAGAGGCCCUUUGGUGGACUCUACGACUCUCUACCGUAUCAUUGCGCUACUAAGGCAAAAUACCACGCAAGCCCUAGAUAUCGACAGCACAUCCUGGACAAGCACGGAGAUACCUCUGGGAUGGGAGCGAAAGAUCAUCAGUCCUGUCGGCAAUGAUCAGGAUGGUUCGAACAAGGAGGUUUUCUACGAUAUUUUAUCAAGGUCGCUAACAUUUAGUAAGCCUACUUUCUCCCUUUAUGAGGACCGUCGCCUUGCACUCGGGGCCCGGAGAUUUUCUGCCAGUGGACAAACUUAUUACUUGGACCUUUUCCGAUUUAUCUGCCCGUCUUCGUCCAGCUAUGAUGCCAAUAUUCAAACAUCCCCCGAAAUGGAGAUCUAUGAUGAUCGAUGGUUCACCAACGAGCUGCACACUCCUGCUAUUAGUCGGCACGGUCAGGAGGCCUGCGAGCAGCCUUCGACUUUAGAAGCCGUGAGAGCUCGUCGGCAAAGGAUCUCUGGCCGUAGAGCUCUCUCGGCUAUUUUCUCUAAGGUGUAUGCUUAA